AUGUGGAUUAAGGUUGGCCAGGUCGCCGUGCCGUGGAACACCUUGGCUUGCUCAAGUGUUUGUUCUUCUACUCACGUCCCACAUGGCCUUGCUUCAUCACCUGCUGCUUCUGACGGCCUUCGUCUUCUUUUUUAUGACCGCUGGUCGUCUAGUUGGACUGGUUCAACAAAACGUGUGAAAAAGUAAAUACACUUCUUAAAUUUUAUUUGUUUAUAGUUGGUCAGCUGUUAAGGAAGUAGGAGAUCUAUACGGAACAGAUAAUCGUUUUCGUUUUUUUUGCUGAAGAUAUAACCAAGGAAAAAUGCAGUCUGGACAGUUCGGACAGGGAAGGCCCGAACUCGUCCAAUCGCUGAGACUUUCAAACUUCGCUUAGGAAAAAAAAAAUAAACUUCACAUCAUUUAAGAGCGUGACGAUGCUUCUUUAAUAAGGCUUCGUUUUUUGACUUAUUUUUGCUUUUAGAACAAAAAAAAAUCAAAAAUCAUCCCGCGCGAUGAAACAUCGACGCGCAAAGGUACCGUCUCAGCAGAGACAACGUUAGCUGCUUGAAAUUUAAAAAAUUUAAAAUCUGAACAGACUAUAGCUCAGUUUUGAGCCACAGCGCGCGCUUUCAUACAAUGGAGAGUUUUAGAAGCAAAGCGAUAAACCUUUGAAAUUUUUCUAGUAAACUGUUGUGACUUGUGAUUCAAAAAAUUUAUUUGAAAAAAAUCAUGGCUAAUUUUAAGAAAGAAAUGAGAACGAUUCAGAACACAACGGAUCAGUUUUUGUCUUUUUUUUUGAAGAGCUGUUUUCUUUUGACUCAAAAGUUAGCUAAACUCUGUUUACAUAAGGAUAGAGCAUACCAUACAAGGCACACCUGCUGCUUCUCAGUUAUCCGCGGCUCCUUUACAGCUUGAAUGGACCAUAUGGACAGCCAUAUUCAUAACAAUCACCCCAAUACCGGCUGGCAAUUUCUGUCGGCUUGAUUGAAACACAAAUUUAUGUGAAUCAUACUCAUAAUGUGAAAAACUAAAAAAAGUGAGAAACGUUGGAAACAUAAAAAUGAACAAAAAAAUUUUUCCAGGAAAAAUCAGAGAAUAGUCAACUGAUAAUGAUAAUAAAAAAAGUUAAACGUCAAAGCUUGUAAUAUAAAGGCUAGCAAUAUUAUCUGCUCAGUUAAAUCAAACGCUAGAAAUUUGCAUCAUUAAAAUGGUAUUAAAAAAACGGCUUUACGCUCCGAGAUUUGUUUUGAAGUUUUCCAUUGUGAACAGCUUAAGAAAACGCUGAACCGUGAGAAAAUGUGACCAUUUGGUUCAUUAUGAUUUAGUUAUGAAAUUAAAUGAUAUAGAACGGAAAAUAGCUGCCAAAAAUCAUUCGAAGUGGCAAUGCAUAACAUCCGUUCGAGCUCGUAAUUUCAGCAUUUUUUUCGCUUUGAAAACAGGCAGAAGUAUUCAAAUUCUCAAGACCAGCCUCAUUUCUGAAUAUUCAUACUUGAAAAAUGGGUCAAUUUUAUUUCUUAUCAUUUCGAAAAUUUGAGCAGUUAAUCCAAACUAAUCGAAAUUCUAUUCGAUUCAAAACAAUAAAUAAUAAUAUGAAAAAUGGCAAGAGGCGAGGAAUUUCGAAAAAAAAAUGAAUCAAAUUUGCUGGAGACACUAUUUAACAUGAUCGAAGAAAAAGCUGAAGUUAAAGCAGCUUCGAGUGCGCAAAAGUAGAGUGCAAACAGAGCGUGUAAGUUUACUUGCCGCCAGUGCGAUCGUACAUUCAGAUUUCAGAGUUUUAUCAAAUAGACAUGAGUUGAAGUGGAUGUGAAUCCUCAGAAAAAAACGGCAAUUUCUGGAAGGAACUGAUUUUUGGUGAUGAUAUCGGUUAGAAUUCUUUAUUUUUCAACUUCUAUCGAAAAUGGUUAGCGUUGGUCAAUAAUUCUCUAACAUUUCUCAAAAACCCUCAUGUAAGGAUGAUUGACAGGUAGACGAUCAAAUAAGAAGAUGAAAAAUUUUUCCUUAUCUUCUGAAAAUUUAUAGAAAUCGAUCAAACUGAAAACCACCUCUUCGGCUAUAUUUUAAAAACCCUCAAUUUUUUCAGGCGGUGUGAAAAGAUAGAAGCAUGAAAAAAAUUAGCAAAGUUUAGUGAAUCUGAGAGGAAGACGACCUUCUGUGGCUCACAUUAAAGAAUUUUUGCUUCCACCAAUGUGAUAAUUUCAAGAUUGUUUCUCAUCAUCACUAUGAAAAUAGCAAAAGAAAAGUUACUGAGAAUAUUAGCUUUGAAAAAAGUAAAAAAAAAUUGGAACGCAAUAAAAUGUGAUGAAUUUCACUUGAAUCAAAUAAAGAAAGUUUAGUACAUACUUCCACUCGUUUUAUUUAUAUUUGGUUCAGUAUUAUAUUUUUAAAGAAACAAUACGACCAAAAAUUUAACGCAUUUUUUCUAUCGAAACCAGGCUUGGUAGUCUCUAGAUAUUGCAAAAAAUUGUCGAACUCGGGAAGGAUUUCUUUAAAGGUUUGAAACAGCUGAGAAAAAAUUGCACUCAUCUUAACAUUCAGCGCAGUAUAAAAACAAAGAUGAUAGUCGUGUUGACAAUGGAAACAACACGAAAACGACAGAUCCGAACGAGGCGUCGAAAGCUGAUGAAGCCGGAGGAUGA